AUGUGGCCUCUGAUUCAACACAGUGCAUCUACAGUCAGUAUGGAAGUGCAGACAACCUCUAUAGUCUGGAUAUAUGUCAACAGCACUGAACAACUGAACACUUCAUAUGACUACAACACCACAUAUUUGACUGAAAACUCAAACAAAUCAUACAUUAUUGGGCUCUUCCUGUCCUGCCUCUACACGAUUCUUCUCUUUCCUAUCGGAUUUAUCGGAAACAUCCUAAUCCUGGUGGUUAAUCUGAACCACAGAGAGAAAAUGACCAUCCCCGACCUUUAUUUUGUCAACCUUGCUGUUGCCGACCUCAUCCUGGUGGCGGAUUCCCUCAUUGAGGUCUUCAAUCUGAAUGAGAAGUACUAUGACUACGCCGUUCUCUGCACCUUCAUGUCUCUUUUCCUGCAGGUCAACAUGUACAGCAGCAUCUUCUUCCUCACCUGGAUGAGCUUUGACAGAUACGUUGCCUUGGCUAACUCAAUAAGCAGCAGCCCGCUGCGGACUAUGCAGCACGCCAAGCUCAGCUGCGGCCUCAUCUGGAUGGCGUCCAUCCUGGCCACGCUGCUCCCCUUCACCAUCGUGCAGACGCAGCACCGAGGGGAGGUGCACUUCUGCUUUGCCAACGUCUUUGAGAUCCAGUGGCUGGAGGUAACCAUUGGCUUUCUGGUGCCCUUCUCAAUCAUCGGUCUGUGCUACUCUCUCAUUGGGCGAAUCCUCAUGAGGGCCCAGAAGCACCGUGGGCUGUGGCCACGGCGGCAGAAGGCCCUGCGUAUGAUCGUGGUGGUGGUUCUGGUGUUCUUUAUCUGCUGGCUGCCUGAGAACGUCUUCAUCAGCAUUCAGCUGCUGCAGGACACGGCCCACCCAGAGCAGAGGACUGCUACCACCCUGUGGCACGACUACCCGCUCACGGGCCACAUUGUUAACCUGGCGGCUUUCUCCAACAGCUGCCUCAACCCCAUUAUCUACAGCUUUCUGGGAGAAACCUUCAGGGACAAGCUGCGGCUCUUCAUUAAGCAGAAGGCCAGCUGGUCAGUGGUGAACCGCUUCUGCCACCCCGGGCUUGAUUUACACCUCUCUGUUAGGAACGAUGUAUCAGAGGUGUGA